CAGUUUACAGGUGAGCGUACAGGACAGUACAGGGAUUGCCAAGAUCUGUUGCGUGGUGUCGGGCCCGUGCGCCUAACGUAGUGAAACGGUCAACUUAACGGAAGAUUCUGAUUUUCACGGGGCGGCCACAGGCGGCCACAGACGCACACAACCUUCCAAAACUCUGCAGCCCGCGCCGAAAUUGACCAAACACCAUCAUCACCAUUGACCAACCGACGAACCCCGGAAUCGCGGCAAAUCAGUCACAAUGGCCAAGUCCAAGAACUCGUCUCAGCACAACCAGAGCAAGAAGGCUCACCGUAACGGUAUCAAGAAGCCCAAGACCAACCGUUACCCCUCCCUGAACGGCACCGACCCCAAGUUCCGCCGAAACCACAGAUAUGCCCUGCACGGCACCAUGCGGGCUCUGAAGGAGAAGGCGGAGGGCAAGCGUGAGACGGUUUAAGGGGACGCGACCGAACCGAAGCGAAACCGAAAACUAGACUCGAUGACGAGGGAUUUGGCUUGCGACAGGGCAUCAUACCAUCAUGACGGUCGGGAAACAAACUACAGGGGCGUCUCUUUGUGCUUAUAUCACCCAGGCUCUGAGCGUCACGGCUAGGAUGCCACAUCGGCCGUGACCACCCAAAUUCGAAGGCAUCAACGACACCGUCCUGUGUGCACUGCGUGCCCAGGUCACCGCUGCUCGAUCCGUCUCUCGGGUGACAUGCUCCUCCAUCCAAGCCCCGGCCGCCGGCGUGAUGAGGAGCAACCUCUGAAGCCUGUGGCCCUGGAUGGAGAUGAUGGUCACUGACCACCAGACCUCUUCCACGGUCCAUCACCCCCUCCCCCCCCCAUCACCCCAUUCUCCUCCAACAAUUAUGACAUCUCCAUGUCAACGGCAUUAGUGUGUACAGCAUUGAACUUAUCUCCAUGUUCAAAAUGACUGAAGGAUUUUAUCGUGCCAAGAUCGAUCUCCAGCCUGUCUAUUACCAAAGGCCUGCGCAUCUACGCUUCUCAAGCGGCCUGGGCCCAUGAAAGACAGGCCACAUCUCUACAUCCGGAUAACGGGAUCAUGUUUGAUUGACUCCAGACAUCUGCUCGGGGACUGAGCGCAAGUAGGAGCUCUUGCUCGCCCAGCUUGUCCCCGCGUGUCUCAUAUGUGGUGCGACAAGACAUUACAUCUCAACGUGAGCCGAGGGCGUCAAGUCCGAUUUCAGAUAGCCGAAUAUAUUGCCCGUUUCUUCGAAUGGCUUUUUUGCCGGGAUCUGACUGCUUUCGUCCCUUUGGUAUAUUUAUGUGGGAGUCGGGCUUCAUCUGGAGCUCUGUGUGACGCGCACACAGCAAGUGUCUGAAACGUGGGCUUAGAACGACUGCUUUUCACCUUUGACUGCCAAGACCUAAUCGGCACGGAUCCGGGGUGUCAACGAGAGAGGAAGAGGAAAAAAGAAGGUUUCUCUCGAAUCGUGCUUUGGAUUCUAG